GUCAAUUGUCUCGGUAAGGUAUAAUAAGUUCCUUGUGUCACUUGUAAAAUUUUGUUAUUGUGGCAUGACACGUCUCGAACUUACCAACUCAUUUAUAUUAGAAAUGACAGUAUUGGAGUCUUGUUGCCCUGAAAAAAUUUUAGGAGACACUCGUGAACGUGACCGAUGUCACACAAAAAGCUUAUGAUGAAAAAAGUAUUUUGCUAAUCUCGUUGUGAAAUAUUUCGCUGCAAUCUCAGAUGGGCAAACUAGUUAUCGUUAUAUAAAAAUUGCGUCGGGUUGCUGCAAUCCAGCGAUCCAAAUAGACGUUACUGCUGCAAUCUGUGUCUAUUUCUCGUGGUUAAGCAAUGCACAGCCUCCUGUAAAAUAUGGAGCGUGAGCAAUGCAAUCUCUUUACUAUCCAUCUUUGGAUUGUUUCGAUGAAGCGAGGGGUGUUUUGUGGUGGGUCGCGUUGCCCGGUUGUUAUAGAUAUUAAUCAAACUCAAUAAAUAGUGAAGAAGUUAUUUAAUAGUGUAUAUUAUAUUUCAACGCAGGACUGUUGCACACAUGAAGAUGACGGCAGGAAACACCAAAGUCGUUCAAAUAACAAAUAUUGCGCCACAGGCAACAAGAGAUCAAAUGCAAACAUUAUUUGGAUAUUUAGGAAAGAUAGAAGAUAUUCGCCUAUAUCCUACAAUUCGUGAUGUUGCUGUUCCUGUACAGUCUCGCAUUUGCUAUGUGAAAUUCCAUGAUCCAGUUUGUGUUCAAGUUGCACAGCAUAUGACAAACACAGUGUUUAUAGACCGUGCACUUAUAGUUAUUCCAUUCCAGAAUGAAAUUCCAGAUGAACAGAAGGCACUGGAGCUAACAAAUCAAGGAACCAGUCUUUUUCCAACAGCAGAACCAAAACUUCCACCAAAUGUAACAAAUCAGCUGGAGGGUGUACCACCAAACCAAGUUAUUACCACACAUGAUCCAAAACUGAUUGCCAAUGGUCUACCGCCAUAUCCUCCUCUUCCGGCAACAUUAGACUCGAGGAAAAUAGAGGAGAUACGAAGAACAUUAAUUGUAACAAAUAUUGAACAGUCUUUAGGUGCGCAAGAUCUAAUGGAGUUUUUUUCCACUGCUGGCGAAGUGAAAUAUAUGAGAUUUGGUAACAGAGAAGGGGAUAUGGAGCGAUAUUUGCUUAUUGAAUUCACAGAUCAGGCUACCAUAAUUCCAGCACUGAAACUUAGUGGGAAAGAUGUAAAUGGAAGGCCGAUAAAAGUUUAUCACUCGACACAAGCUAUUGUGAAACCACAAGCUAAAAGUAAUGAGGCUGCACAGAAAGAAAUUGAGGAAGCAAUGACUAGAGUAAAAGAAGCCCAGAAUUUAAUUUCAGCUGCCAUUGACCCUGUCAUUGGUCUACUAGCAAAGGAAAAAAAACGAAGUCGCAGUGGAUCUAGAGGGCGACGAUCCAGGUCACUUUCCCGCGGAAGGAGGAGAUCAAGAUCCCGUAGCAGAAGAUCACGUUCAAGAUCAAGAAGACGAUCCCGCAAUAGGGGCCGAUCAAGAUCUAGGCGUUCACGCUCUAGAUCAUCGAAACAUUCACGCUCAAGGUCAAGGAAGAGGAAAUCCCGUAGUCCAGGAAGAAGGCGCAGAAGCCGCUCUAGAAGUCGUUCUAGAAGCAGAAGACGCUCACGUUCCAGAUCAAGGCGGUCAAAGUCAAAAUCUUCAAAAAGUCAUGAUAAAUCAAAAGACAAGAAAGAAGAUAAGAAAGACUCCAAAAAAGAGAGCUCUAAGAAGGAUAAAGAGGCUGACAGUGAGACCAAAGCAGACAGCUCAAGCAAUGCAGAAAAGGAAACCUCUGAUCAAACUGCUAUACAGAACUCUGACACAAAAGAUCACGAUAAAGAUAAAGAUCAAGAUAAGGAUAAGGAUAAGGACAAAGACAAGGACAAGGACAGGGACAGGGACAAAGAAAAAGACAAAGAUAAAGACAAGUCUAAAAGUAGGAGUAAGGAGAAAAGUAAAGAUAAGAGUUCUCGUGAGAAAUCAAAAUCAUCAAGAGGAAGAUCAUCAUCACGUUCAAAGUCACGACAUCGAUCUCCACGGAGAAAAAGCCGUUCGCCACGGAAGAAAAGCCGGUCUCCUUCUCGAAGAAAAAGCCCAUCUCGACGUAGAAGUUCAUCUCGGUCCCGCAGAAAAAGUCGGUCACCUCGCAGAAGUCACAGCAAACAUUCGCCAUCACGUAAGCGGUCCCGAAGUCGCUCAAGAUCCAGAAGAGAUUCUGACAAAAAGAGAGAGAAAGAAAAGAGCAGUGAUGACAGGAAAGACAAAGACAAAGACAAAGAUAAAGACAGAGAAAGCGAUAGGGACAAGAAGAAGAAAGAUAAGAAAGAACACGCGGAGAAAGAAAGUGAUUCUGGAUCCUCUUCAAAAGUUCCACGGAACUAUGAUGAGGAGGAAGAAGGUUUCGAUACAAAUGAACGGGAUAAAGGGGAUAAAAGUGAAAAGAGUAAUACAAAAGCUGUUGAACAGAGCAACACGGGAGAAACAGUUGCUAACAAAGGUGUUUCAGAAAAAGUGGGUGAUGGAAACUCCUCUCAGGCUGAUGGACUAUCAGAUGGAAAGGAUAGUAGAACUCCAAAUGGGAAGGUACAGCAAAGGGAGAUGCAGGAGGCGGGACAAAGUGAUGCAGAUGAUAUGGACAUUUCUACUUCUCCUUAGCGUUUUCGGUACAUCCAUAAUUGUCUGUGAAAUGGAAAAAAUACACAGAGCUUGAACAUUUUGUGAGGAACUACAUGCUUACUGUAAAAGUAUGUGCAGUUUGUUAGAAAGUGAUAAAUUUUUUCUUAUAUGUAUUCUUACAUAUUUGUAAGUUAAAGGAAUUCAUUCAACCUCAAAAAUGGUACUGUUCCACUUUUUUCAUAUUUUUGUUGCUUUUAAGUGAUGUGCUGUAGAAUAAAAGGAGGAUUCUAUUGUAUUUCUGAUACGCAAUGCACCUAUAAAGAGGUUGAGCCAGUAGUUGGAAGCUUUUUGGGUCUUAUUUCAUUUGUAAUUUAUUACAAUACUGCAACAGAUGAGAUGCAUAUUUCAGGUUUCAGUUGAUUAAUCUGAUUUGCAUGUGUAUACAAUUGAUUAGUAAUAAUCCACUUGAUUUGAUUCUGUGUUUAAGAAUACCAAAUUGUGAAUUACUAAAGAAGCUGGAAUGGAUCAGGGAUACUUUGGUUUUGUGUUUUUAUAUACACCAAAAACAUUUUAUGAAAACUGUGUAAAUUGGUGCGAGCACUGUGAAUAAAAUGGGUUGUAAAAAAAGUCUAAACAUCUAAAUGAGAUUGAAAAUGUUGAAUUUUAUAAUUUUACACAAUUCUUUUUAAUAAGAGAAAACUAGAUAGCAUGGUAUUGUGACAUCUUUUUGGUUUAGGGCAUAGCAUUUGCUGCAUAAAGUGUCAGUGAUGUAUGUAUGUGUAUACUACUAAAAUCGGUCAGCAUGUAAUUACUCUGUGGAACAUUAAAAUUCUAUUAAUGUUUCUAUAGAUUUUACCUGGGAUCCUUUGAAGAAAUUCUGUGGCGCUCAUUUGUGGUUUACCUUUUAUGUGACAGUACAAGUAACGUGCUAAAAAUAAUACAAAAUAUGGUAAUUUUAUGUUAAAAAUUAAUGUUUUGUGAAAGAAUUUAUAGUCAAGUUGUAAAUAUGAAUUGAAUAUAAACUGUAAAAUUUUGUGAUAUGAAAUUCCAUUGCUGUAUAUAAAUAACACACUUUUGUAUGUAAAUAUUGCAUUUCUGGUGAAGAAAAUGUUUAUAAACUUAAAGAGGAGAAUGAAUUUUAAUGCUACAGAGA